AUGGUGGUGGAUGCAUCAAUGUCUGGGUCCUGGUGGAUGUGUGGGUCCCAUGACGUCCAGGACCUCAUGGUGGACUUCUGCAGAACGUAUCUAGGUGUAAACCUGGAUAAUAAGCUGGACUGGUCCACUAACAUGGAUGCAGUGUACCGCAAGGGGCAGAGCCACCCCUUCUUCCUCCGCAGACUGAGUCGGCUGGAUAAGCUUGUGAGGAAGGCAGGCUCGGUGCUUGGCACUCACAGUUUAGAGACAUUGGGGAAGGCUGUAGAAAGGGCUACAGGUGCAAAGGUAAAAGCCAUAAUGAACAACCCCAAACACCCUCUGUACUUCAAAGUGCAGGAGAGCAAUUCUGGCAGUGGGAGGCUCAUCUCACUGUGCUCUCUGAUCAUGCUGCUGCUGCUCCUUCUGCUGCUGGCAUCCACUGGUGAUGGCCAGGCUCAGCGGGUGGCGGGCAAAAAGAAAAACGAUGUGUGUGCAUGUGAGGUGAACUCCACCAUGUGGUCAUUCCCUGCUGUGAAGUACGAGGCCGUGCUGCAGCAAGUUGAAACUUGUGAAGGCUCUCUGAACAACCUGCAGGAACAGGUGCAGUUGUCCCAUGAGCGUCUCCCGCAGAUUGAGGCUGUGAUUAAGAAUGUGACGGCUCGGCUGGAGCCUCACCAGUAUCUGCAUGAUCAGGGCCUGUACACAGCAUUGUCUCUGCGUAUGCUGGGCCAGGAGCUCAGCCAGCUGGAGACAGAUGUCAGUGACAUCCACAGCCAGUUAAACAAUGCCCAAACACAGAAACUCUCCAAAGAGGUGGGUAGACUGCGUAUGAAUGUAGACAGGAUGAAAAUGGCAGAUACAAUUAAUUUGAAGACUGUAAAAGAGACACUGCGUCACUUGAAGAAUGGUGUUGAGUCCUGCAAAUCAAUUCCCACAGACUUCCGAGGCAUACAAAAGCUUUGUUUCAAGGGCCUGAUCACGGACAUCAGCGACCCAGUCAUGACUAAGGUCAGUCCACACGGUAAGAGCUACAUUUCUGGCUCGUGGGGCAAACAGGCCCAGAUAGACAGUGAGGGCCAGAAGAACAGCUACUGGGUCCAGACUCUACUCAGCAGCCACAUUUUGGGCAACACCCUGCGCGUAUACCAAACUUACGAAGACUUCAUGGCCUCUACCAACUACAAGGACUUCACCUUCGCUUCAUCCUAUAGUCAUGCUGAUGCCAUCGAGGGUCCCAGUGCUGUCCUGUAUGGUGAAGCAUUGUACUAUCACUGCUACCGCUCUGCAGAUGUUUGCCGCUAUGACAUGAACAGCAACGCCGUCAAACGUGUGACACUUCCAGGUAUCGGUGUGGGUUUCAACAACAAGUUCCCAUAUUGUUACUAUGACUGUCGUACCCAUAGUGAUGUGGAUGUGGAGGCAGAUGAGACAGGACUAUGGGCCAUCUAUGCUACUGUUGGUAAUCAUGGUAAUCUAGUGGUGAGCCGGCUAGCAUGGGACAAUGAGGCUGAGACACUCAAUGUCUCACAGACAUGGGAGACGAGGCUGUUCAAGAAGGCAGUGAGCAAUGCCUUCAUGGUGUGUGGUGUGCUGUAUGCCACUCGUUAUGUAGAUGAAUACCGUGAGGAGGUGUUCUACGCCUUCGAUACUGCGACAGGCAAACAUGACAGCUCACUGGCACUGCCACUAGAGAAGGUAGCGAAAGGAGUGGCCAGUCUGAGCUACAACCCAACCAACAAUCAGAUCUACAUGUACAAUGAUGGAUAUCUUCUAGCAUACCAGGCCAACUUCUGA